AUAAUGUUGAAAACUAUCGAAAAGAUUCAGAUGUCAGCCAUCGAUAGAGCCGUAUUCAUUCAGUAAAAAGAGCUGAGCAAAGCAGGCACAGCUGGACAAAAGGCAGCAGCGAAAAAGGCAGUAAAAUUUUGCAAAGAAAAAGUAUUUUGAAUUUACAAAACAAAUAGCGCAAUAAUGAGCACAGGUGGCACCGGAGGCGGUGCUGGCGGCGGUGCACGUCCACCACCCAGAAUCGAUGGCAUGGUCUCGCUAAAGGUCGACAAUCUCACAUAUCGCACCACACCCGAGGAUUUGCGUCGCGUCUUCGAGCGCUGCGGUGAAGUUGGCGAUAUUUACAUACCACGCGAUCGUUACACACGUGAAAGUCGCGGAUUUGCUUUCGUGCGUUUCUAUGACAAGCGCGACGCCGAGGACGCACUGGAGGCCAUGGACGGACGCAUGCUGGACGGCAGGGAGCUGCGCGUGCAGAUGGCGCGCUACGGCCGUCCCUCGUCGCCGACGCGUCGCAACAGCAGCAGCAGUCGUCGCGGCGCCGGACUCGGCGCUGGCGCUGGCGGCGGCGGCGGUGGACGUCGACGUUCGCGCUCCCGUUCGCCGCUGCGUCGCCGUUCGCGCAGUCCGCGCCGUCGCUCCUAUUCGCCGCGUUCACGUUCCCGGUCCGCGGGCAGCCGUUCGCCGGGACGCCGCAGCAAGUUCUCGCGCAGUCCCGUGCGCGGCGACAGUCGCAACGGCGUCGCCAGCGGCGCCCUGGCCGGCGCAUCACGCAGUCGCAGUCGUUCCUAAAGACGCCACGGCUCGCUUCAGACGUUCCAUACUCGUAGGGGUGCGAUAAGCCUUGAAUUGACUCGUGGACAAGGGUUUCCUUCCGGGGCAGGUGCUCAACUGGGCUACCUGAAACAACUUCUCAUGCUGUGUACCAGAACAGCAGGCAAGUGUGCGCGGCGUUUGUUGCAGUCGCAGUCGCAGUCGCAGUCGUUGCUGCCGUGUGGCUGUUAAUAUAAAUGUUAUGUUAUGGCCGGCGAGUCGUGCGUGGGCAAGGCAGAGUCGCUGAAAGAGAGAGAGAGAGAGGGAGAGCGAGAGAAAAAGAGCGCGGAAGCAAAGCAGCGUGUGUGCUUUUUUUAUUUUUACUUCUUUACAAACUCACUGAGAGAGAGAGCGAGAGAGCGGCGCCAAAGCAGACACAACGAGAGCGGAGAGCUGAACGUCGCGUCGCUGCUGCUACUGUUGCUGUUAACUGCAAAACUUCGCUGCGCUGCUGAUGUUGCUGCUGCUGCU